CUACACUAAAUCUCAACGACUAGAUUCUCUAUUUCUCUUUUCAUCCUUACCUUGAUUAAAAUACUCUUUUCUUUCGUUCAGAAUCUAUGGCUUCUUCUUCGCUUGCAAUGGCUAUCAUCUUCUCCUUCAUCUUUUUAUCCUCUCUCGCCGCUGCAAAUGAAGUCACCGUCGGUGGAAAAUCCGGUGACUGGAAGAUCCCUUCUUCCUCUUCUUACUCUUUCACUGAAUGGGCUUCAAAAGCUCGCUUCAAAGUCGGCGACUUUAUUGUUUUCCGGUACGAAGCUGGAAAAGACUCGGUUUUGCAAGUAACACAAGUAGCGUACAAGAGCUGCAACACCACGAACUCUUUGGCUAACUACACCGAUGGAGAGACCAAGGUGAAAUUGGACAGGUCAGGUCCAUUUUACUUCAUCAGUGGAGCCGAUGGUCACUGUGAGAAAGGUCAGAAGCUGAGCCUCGUCGUGAUUAGUCCUCGUCACGCUGCUUUUUCUCCGGCUCCUUCUCCAGUUGAGUUCGAAGAUGGUCCAGCCGUGCCUCCGUCUCUUACUAGUGGCUCAGCUAGGCUUGGUGGUGAAUUUGCUGUGUUAGGUCUUGUUCUUGGUCUAGGGACUUGGUUCUGAUUUGGAACCAUGUGGGUUUGCUUUUUUUUGGAAUAAGCUUUUUGUUUCAAAAAGCUUUUUUUUUAAUUUAUUUAUAAGUUUCGCUUUUUAUGAUUACAUGUUGUUUACUUGGAGAUAUUUGUUGUCCUCAGCUUCUAAUUUAUAAUUAAUUAAAUUAAUUUAUUAUU